UUUGUUCCUCUCUUCACAACCUUUCCCAGAGUCACAGUGUGUUUCCAUUCAGAGCUCCAAAUCAGACCCGUAUUGCCACCUUCCUGGCCCAAAGCGAGGUUCUGGUGUCAGGAUUGCACAGCGCGAGACCACCCUGUUUCUGAUAUCAGCUGGACUUGUUUGAGGAGAACUUUUACCUUCUUUAAGCAAGAUCAGUCCACCCGAAUAUGGAAAUGGAGAAACUAUCAAAUGAUAAUCAACCCAAUGGCGCUGCAGUGGCAAUAGACGGAGAAGUCCCCCAAGAGGAACAAAUGUUUCUACAGCACAACAACAAACCAUCAAAGAGGCCUCAGUUUACGGAUUUUGAGGGUAAGACCUCGCUUGGCAUGUCUGUCUUUAACCUGAGCAACGCCAUCAUGGGCAGCGGGAUUCUGGGACUUUCAUACGCCAUGUCGAACACAGGCAUUGUGCUUUUCUUGGUCCUAUUGAUAUGUAUCGCGUGUCUGUCCUGUUACUCCAUCCAUCUCCUGCUCCGUAGCGCUGGGGUUGUGGGUAUCCGUGCAUAUGAGCACCUGGGCAUGAGAGCAUUUGGCCAUCCGGGCAAAAUUAUAGCAGCUGUCAUCAUCACGCUGCAUAACAUUGGAGCUAUGUCGAGCUACCUGUUCAUUGUGAAGUCAGAGUUACCGCUGGUAAUCCAGGCUUUUUUAGGCCAAACAUCUGGUUCUCAUGAAUGGUUCAUGAACGGAAAUUACCUCAUCAUCCUAGUCACUGCUGGCAUAAUCCUUCCUCUGGCCCUGAUGAAGCACCUAGGCUAUCUGGGUUACACAAGUGGCUUUUCCCUCUCCUGCAUGGUGUUUUUCCUAUCUGUGGUCAUCUACAAGAAAUUCAACAUUGCUUGUCCGCUGGAAGUGUUUGGCAACUACUCUGUAAGCACAGACAUCUCGGAGGAUGCAUGUACCACCAAGUUCUUCACCAUCAACCAAGAGACGGCAUAUGCUAUUCCAAUUCUGGCAUUUGCUUUUGUAUGUCACCCUGAAGUCCUUCCCAUCUACACUGAACUAAGAAGCCCAACCAAGAGAAGAAUGCAGAAUAUUGGCAAUGUUUCCAUCCUUGGCAUGUUCAUUAUGUACUUCCUCACUGCAAUAUUUGGCUAUCUAACCUUCUACGAAAACACAGAAGCAGAGCUCCUCCAUACCUACAGUAAGGUGGACCCCCUGGAUACUCUGAUUCUCUGUGUGCGAUUGGCUGUCCUGGUCGCCGUCACCCUCACUGUCCCAGUGGUCCUCUUUCCUAUCCGCCGUGCCCUGCAGCAGCUUCUGUUCCCCGGGAAGCCUUUCCAUUGGUUGCGACACAUUGCCAUUGCCCUGUGUCUGUUGUUUACCGUCAACCUGCUGGUCAUCCUUGUCCCCAACAUUCGAGACAUCUUUGGAAUUACCGGAGCAACAACUGCGCCCAGUCUGAUCUUCAUCCUUCCCGGACUUUUCUAUAUCCGCAUCAUCCCCACUGAACAAGAGCCCAUGAACUCAAGACCAAAGAUCCAGGCCGCAUGUUUCACAGCGCUGGGGUUUAUAUUUAUGACUAUGAGCCUCACAUUCAUUGGAAUUGACUGGAUGAGCGGGGAAAAACGAAACGUGGGGGGGCAUUAAAGUGCUUCCGUGCUCGACAGCGGCAGCAGCCACGCUUCUCGCAAACGGCCCUCCACUUUCUGCCGGAUGGUUUUGGCCAGUGCUUCGACAGCUCAUUCAUUUAUUUAAGAGGACAUUCUGUUCCUUCAUGGUGUCGACAAAAGGAGUGUGUCCUGUCACACACACCCACGACACAUAGGCGGGUAGUGUCAGCCUGCCUAUGUAGCUCAUGGAAGCCACCAUUGCUGCAACCUUCAAUAAGGCUUAUUAUGGAGGCUAAUUCUGAAAAGAAAAUCGCUACGUCUGCAUGCAAAACAUUUCUUGAAUCAUUAGUAAAGUUGCUCUAUAAAAUGGAGCUUUAAUGACAUUUACCAAAUCAAAGACCAAACACUCUGGGUGGGACAAUUCUGGUCAUUUGAUUGUUGUACUUUGUACUACUGCAGAGCAGUACUUCCCAAACUAAAGAAACAGACAAAGUCAAAACGACAAAGUCUGGUAAUGCAUUGCUAUACUGUAAGCCAAUUAAUUUGGUAUAAUGGAACCAAUUACUUUGGUUGUGUACAUUUAUUCUGGACAAUGUAUAUUGUUCAAUAAAUAUUUUCAAAA